UAUCUCCCCUCUCAUCUCUUUCUCCACCCUUUCAAGUAGCUCCAUAAUCACUUCCAAAAUUCGCAGAUUUUCCUUCUCAACUCGAUUAUCUUCUCUGAUUCCAGCUACCUGUAGUAUCAAUCUCUUUCCGUAAGAUAAUCGCAACUCCGGUUACGGAUUCAGAAACAAUCGCACAAGAAAAUGACAUAAGAUACUUUAGUAUACCUGACAUGGAAGCAGCUAUUCCAAAGGAGGUUAGAUUGGAUGGAAUAUCAACUGAUCCUGAUCCUGCCCCUCCUUCUCCACCCAAGGAGAAUGCUGAUUCUGUUAUAUACAAGCUGGUUCGGGUGAACUGGGACGGGAGAUUAGUGCCUGCAACUGACGAUGAGGUUAAGGAAGUCGCGGACAUGCUUGAAGAAGACAAGGGCGAUCUGCGCUCUUCUGAAAACACUGACCAAACAAUUGGAUCCAUUAUGGCUGAUGGAGUUUCUUCUGGAAAAUGUCACACUGAAUCAUCAGAAUGUUUACUAAAAUCUCAGCAGCUGGAAGUAGAUGCAGAAAGACCUAACUCUCAACCUGACACAAUGGAAAACUUGGGGAAACCAAAUUCCCAUCUUAAGGAAGCGGUUCCUUCAUUAGCAGCAAGAAGUGCCAAUUGUAUGAAUCAGGCUGCAAAUGCUAGAGAAUCGUCAAACCUUUCAGUUGGAGUGGUCAAGGAUGUGUCAACUUCUGCUUCUUGUAGAAGCUCGAGACCUGAUCUCACAAUGUUACAAGGUGAAAUAUGCCUUAAUAACUUAUCAGUCAAGGAACUUCGAGAAACUUUUAAAGCAGCAUUUGGACGGGAAACAUCUGUCAAAGACAAACAGUGGCUUAAGAAGAGGAUUUCCAUGGGGUUGACUAAUUCUUGCGAUGUUUCAACAACAAGAUUUGUGAUUAAAGGCAACAAGGUAAUAAAGAAGGGUAACGAAAGAUGUAUUAAAGACGCAGUUAGCAGCCUUAUUAAGGAAGCUUUAGUUGAGCCACUGAAUGAGAAAUGUGGAGGUUUACCAGUUGGCAGGGACCGUCAAAUAAAGAAUCCACAAAAUGUCUCUGGAAAGGAAGUCCUUUCUUCAGACAGUGACUCUUUUAAUGAUGAUAUUCCUGUAGAGCAGAGAAAAAUUCAAAGAGUUCGAAAGCCAACAAAACGAUAUAUUGAGGAACUAUCAGAGGAAAAGGCAGGUGUUUCUAAUGUGAAACUGAUCUCGCUGGAUGAAAAAUACAGGCAAGAUUCUCUGGGUGGUUCAGGUGUUCAGGUUCCAUAUGUUUGCCGUGUUCGAAGAAGCCGUCCAAGGGAGAACUUCAUGGCUCUUAUGAAACUCGAACCGGGUAGUGUGGGCAUGGCAGAAAAAAAUGUUAACAAGGCACUUGGCGUGCACCUCCCAGAACACGACCAGACAGCAAUGAACAAAGUCCACCAGGCCAAACUAACCCCUGAAUGCAUUGGAAAGCCCCUUAUUGCCGAAGCACAGAAAGAUCAGCAAUAUUUAGUAGAAGAAAUGUCAGAUUCGGAAGAGAUGGAUAUUGAUCUGAAGCAAGAGGAUCCAUCUGAGGAUAAUUUUGAUGAUUACUCUGCCGUGUCAUCCACUUCCAAAGGUGGAAUGAGGAGGAAACAUCAUCGACCUUGGACUCUUUCUGAGGUGAUCAAAUUAGUUGACGGCGUUUCUGAUUAUGGUGUUGGUAGGUGGUCUGAGAUAAAACGGUUUGUUUUUGGAUCAUUUCCUCACCGAACUGCUGUAGACCUUAAAGAUAAAUGGAGGAAUCUGUUGAAAGCUAGCUUCCAGUCAGGUGGAGAGAAAGCAAUACAAAAUUCGCGAAAACAGGGAUCGGUCCAUAUCCCCUCUUCUAUAUUGUUGCAAGUAAAAGAUCUGGCUGAAAAACAGGAACAGGUUCCUCCAUAUCUAGUAAGUUCGAGAAAGGUUGUUACAUAUGGUACUAAUAAUAGAAAUGUGUGUGAAAAUAGAGUAGGAUAUUUGUAGCUUUGUUAAUGAAGGACUAGUUACAGAAAAGGUUUUGAGAAUCCUAAACCCUAAACUUUAUUAAACUUUAUUAUCUGUACAAAUGUUAUGUUCAUUAAGUAAGACCUGUUAUUGAUUUUAUAGUUUAUUAUAUCUUUACCUUGGUUUA